AUUCGCAGUAUAUUCAUUCGAUUAAUUAGUAAUUUUAUAAAAUUAUUUAAAAGCAGUCAAAUCAAAUAAUAAAAUGUCUACGACGUUCCUAGCUUGUUUGGCUAUAAUAUUUAUUAUAAUAUUUAAAUUAUUAAAUGUUAAUUCGAGUCCACAAAAACCAAAACUUUAUUGCAAGGAUGAAUUAUUUAAGGACAGAAUUAUGAAAAUUUGCAGUAGUGAAUUAUCGGAAAACUAUAUUCCGACACGAUUAUGGGGAUUCUCUGGGCAUGUUCAAACGAUUCUGCAGAGCUUGAUUGGAAGAGUAAAGUGCCCAUGGCCUUUGGGAGAUCGAAUUUACAUAUCAAUGCCAGACGGUUCGACACUCACAUACGAUUUAUAUCAACCAUUAAAUUUAAGUCAUGAUGAGGACAUAACUGUUGCAGUAUGCCCAGGAGUUGGAAAUUCAUCGGAGAGUGUUUACAUUCGCACGUUUGUUCACUAUGCUCAAUGUCAUGGCUACAGAAUUGCCGUGCUCAAUCAUAUAGGAGUAAUUGACUCAAUUAAUGUCACAAGUCCAAGAAUCUUUACUUAUGGACAUACAGAUGACUAUGCAGCUAUGAUUACAAGUCUAGUUAAGAAAUUCCCAUCAACACAUAUUAUUUCCGUUGGAUUUAGCCUAGGUGGUAAUUUGGUGACAAAAUAUCUCGGCGAAAUUAAUGUCCCAAAGCCUUCAAAUAUUAUUGGUGCUGUAUCAAUUUGUCAAGGUUAUGAUGCAAAUACGGCAACCACAUGCUUAUUGAAGUGGCAAAAUUUCCAACGAUUUUAUUUGUAUGUACUCACUGAAAAUGUUAAAAGUAUUAUCAUGAAGCACCGAAAUGUAUUAAUGGCUGAUGAAGUCAAACGAAAGUACAAUUUGAACGAAAGAGAGAUUAUUGGUGCCGCUACGCUUCCAGACUUGGACGAAGCAUAUACGUGCAAAAUUCACAACUUUCCCUCAACAAAAGAGCUGUAUUCUUGGAGUAGUUGCAUUAAUUAUUUGAAGAACAUUGAAAAACCAAUUAUCUUCAUUAACAGCAUGGAUGAUCCGCUCGUACCCGAAAUUCUACUGAGGCCAAUACGUGAAUUUGCUGAAUCUCAUCCAAAAGUGCUGUAUAUUGAAACACAACACGGAGGUCAUUUAGGAUUUUAUGAGCAUGGUCUAAUCAACCCUAAUCCACUAACAUGGUUGGAUCGCAUUCUCGUGUCCCUUCUUGGAGGUGUCGCUUUUGCAAAUAAUGAUUUAAUUAUGAAACGAUCAACGACGAUGGCAAUGUAGAAAGAUUUUUUGGCUUCUAUACCAAGAAGCCCGUGGAGCUUGCUGCUUAUUUUUUUCGACUAUAUUGAACGAGGAGUUGUAAGGAUUUUUACAAGGAACAAUUAAAUCCUAAAAUUAUAUUUUUAAUACUUUUAGCAAGCACAAAGUAUUAGCACAUCUUAAAGAGGAACUAAUUUAAAUUUUCAUUGCUAAGUAAAGCCGGAAGUAUGACUUUCAAUUAUUAAAAUAUUUUUUUCUUAUUCCUCUAUUUUGAAAUCGCUUAUUGCGUACUGCUUUAAAGUAUAAGAAGCAUAAACAUUAUUGAUUGUAUUCAUUAGAUGUCAAACAUCAAAUCAUAACUCAAAUCUGUUUUUAGGAAUUUAAUUAAAUGAUUAUUGAUAACCGAUUUAGUGACAUAAUUGCAAACAAAAACAAAACGUUGUUAAAUGUGAUUACAGUUAUGUGUGAGUGUUUAUAAGUGUGAUAAGAGUCAAACCUAAAUUAAAAUCGUCGCGAUCAAACAUAAAUAAUGAACUGUGUGACAGGCUUUUAGUUGAUAAAAUAAUAAUAAUAAUAUUAAUUGAAUGAACUUUUUUUCGUAACUGAAGCAUUUGUAAUGAGAAAAAAAAAUAUAAACGAACUAGGAAAUAAAUUGAUAAAAUUAAUUUUUAUCGCCAUUCCGUGAAUUUUAACAUUUCAUAUUUCACUUCUUGAGGAAUUGAUCGAACAGCUAGCAGAAUCUUUUUUGAACGAAUUUUUGGAUUAAAAUAGGGUUGCUAUGUGGGUAUCUAUAACUUGACUAUUGCAAUUGUAUGAUGAUGUCAGUUUGAAUGAGUAAUACUUUUUCCAUUUUCUAUUUCUAAUGCUUUUCAUUCAAUAGAUUAGUCGCUUUAAUGUAAAUCGCCACAGUUCAAUUCACUUUUAAGUUAAUACAAAUCUCAUAUAUGAAGUUAUAACUUUUGGAAAUUUAACGUCUUUCAUGUAUUCAAAAUACAUUUUUUGAACAUAUAAUUCAAAUUUUGGAAAACCGUUAAAAUAUCAAUCCCAAUAUAAAAUACUUUUAAUCGCAAUUAGAUUAGCUAGAUGCCCAUAUAUCAAUCCUGCGUAGAGAGAUUGAAAGAGAAUAGUCAUAUAUUGUAUCUACUCAACAAUUAUUUUAUUAAUAUUAAUAAUAUACUUUAAUUUUAUUUACAUUACAUACCCCAGACAAAGAAUGUCCUCAUUUGACAGCUAUUUAUGUUUACAAAGCAUAACAAGUAGCCACAUGAGCAUAGUCAUUGUUUGUUAGAGCAUAAGUAUUGUUUUUAGUAAUAACUGAUAAUUUUUUU